AUGGCCGGGGUAUUUCCUGGUUGCAAUAAUAUCGACGAAUUUUGGUCAAUGCUUAAGGAAGGUCGUUCGGGCAUAGUAACAUUAUCUGAUGACGAGCUCCGUAGUUAUGUUCCCGAGGAACUGCUAAAAAAUCCGCGUUAUGUACGCCGCACGGGUCGAUUAACAUGUGGCAUUGAUCUCUUCGAUCAUGCAUUUUUUGGUAUAUCGCCUCGUGAAGCUUCACUCACGGACCCUCAACAUCGCUUGCUGGUCGAAGUUGUCUAUCGAGCUUGCGAAGAUGCUGCCGUCAAUUUACAAUCGCCGGAUGAGACGAUAGGCUGUUUUAUUGCUGCAAGUGAUAGUAGUUACUAUCUGUUCAAUCUGCAACAUUUGCAUGACUCCAGUGAUAAACAACCUACCGUAGAACGACAAAUGCGUCUGAAUAAUAUGAUGGGCACCAUGGCUACUAAGCUCGCGUAUUAUCUUGAUCUCACGGGUGCUGCUAUUAACGUACAAACGGCUUGUUCUUCGGGUCUUGUCGCACUACAGGUGGCUAUUGACCAUCUGCGAUUAGGACGUUGCACAGUAGCCAUUGUUGGCACAAGCUGUAUUCAUUUGCCGACAAGUGGUUAUCUCUAUGAGCCAGGUAGUAUCUAUAGUCCGAUCGGUCAAUGUGCUCCGUUUGAUGCAUCGGCCAAUGGAAUCGUUCUUGGUGAUUCAGUUUCCGCCGUCGUACUCAAACUCGCUAGUAGAGCUGUUGUACACCGUCAUAACAUUCGUGCGCUGAUCAAAAGCUGUGCUGUCAACAACAAUGGAAGUGUACGCGGAGCAGCGAGCUUUGCUGCACCAAAUGCAAUCGCUCAAGCUGAAUGCAUUCGCGGAGCAUUGACAGAAGCCAAUGUCAAUGCUACUGAUAUAGUUUACGUCGAAGGACAUGGUACUGGUACAGCAGUAGGUGAUCCAAUUGAAGUCGAGGGGCUUACACUGGCGUUUGACACUUUUCAACGACAAUACUGUGUCUUGGGUAGUGUCAAAUCUAAUGUUGGACAUACAGACAUAGCUGCUGGUCUUGUCGGUUUGAUUAAGACUGCGCUGAUCUUACAACAUCGUUGUAUACCUGCCACACUGAACUAUCGAAUUGCCAAUCCAAAUAUUGAUUUUUCUUCAACACCUUUUGUUGUUCGAUCGACCGAUAUUUCAUUGAAAACUGCCCGUUUCGAACAUGGACCACUUCUCGCAGGCGUCUCUAGUCUAGGCAUGGGAGGAACAAAUGCACACGCCAUAUUGCAAGAAUACUGUCCAAAGUUGUCAUCCAAUAAUUCAUACGAUUCGUCCAAGAAUGCAGUACAUCAAGUUACUUUAUCCAGCAAAAAUCCCGAGUCGUUACAAGCCUAUCUACGAGAGCUCAUCAAUUGGCUCAAAAAUCAAAAUAACAGUAAAGAGCCAGCUAAAUUGGCGAAUAUCUGCUAUACAUUGAAUAAGGGUCGUUCUGUCUACGAGUUUCGUUUGGCUGCAACAUUGGAUUCAUCAUCUCUUUCAGUCCUCAUUGACACUUUGAGUCAGCUAUCUACUGAUGGACUUCUACCAUCGCAAGAGAUAGAUCGGUUCGUCUUCAUAUUUCCAGGACAACAUAACUGUUCACGAACAUUAAUACGACAACUGUAUUUAACAAGUGAUGUAUUCAGAAAAGCAUAUGAUAUGUGUGCGACGAUUUUAAAAGAUUAUGAUUCAAAUAGUCCGAACAUGAUCGAUAUAUUAAUGGCUGCUGAUGAUGAUAAGUUGAUGAAUCAAGAAUGGCAAAUUUGGAUGGGUCUGACGACAUUCAUAGUUGAAUUCGGAUUAAUCACCCUUUGGUCUAGCAUAAUACAUCCACCGUAUGUUUUCCUCGGUCACAGUAUUGGUGAGUAUGUUGUCGCCACAAUAACAAGUGUAUUUACACUCGAAGAAGCACUAAAACUUGUCUUCAUUCGAACAUGUCUCAUAAAUCAACAGUCUAACCUUAAAAAGUCAGGUGCUUUGCUCGCAGUGCGAAUUAGCUACGACGACGCCAUCAAGUAUGUGAUCCAUGAUCGACUGUCUAUCGCUGCUGUAAAUGGGCCCAUGCAAUGUGUAUUCGCCGGAGAUAUUAAAGCAAUCAAUGAAUUGAAAUCAACCUUAGACAAGUUAAAGUAUAAAUUCAAACAACUGGAACACACAUUUCCGUUUCACAGUCAUAUGAUCACCCCGUUGCUACUCGAUACAUUUCGACAAGCUUACAAAGAUCUUAAUAUUCAAGCACGUGCGCCGAAGAUUCCUUUUAUCAGUACAGUUACAGGCAACUGGUUGGAUGAAGAUUAUGUUCCUGAUAUUGAAUAUUGGUGUCGUCACAUGCGACAGACAGUACUCUGGCAUCAAGCAGUAAAAACGCUUGAUCAACAGAACUCUUCGUCACCUACAGAACGUAGUAAUAAAACACUCUAUAUUGAAUGUUCUCUUAACAACAUACUGACCAAUGUGACCAAAGCCAGUGUUAAAGCAGAAUCAUCAUUAGUUCUUCCAUCAGCAUCAACAGACACUACUAAUGUCGAACUCUCAAUAAAACAAGCGCUGAGUACUUGCUGGUGUCAUGGUCUCGAAGACAUUGAUUUUCAAUCAGUUUACAAUUCCUUCAGUGGAUCAUCAAGUGUUUAUAAUAAUGCAUCAUUUAUUUCCAUGCCAGGUCAAGUCUUUAACAGGCAACGCCAUUGGAUCGAUGCACCAUCACUGCAUCAACUUAAAGAGAACAUCACAAAACAACCAUCAAUGUCAACUGUUGAUGCCGAUGAAAUCAAACAGCAUGAAACUAUUCAACCUAUGAUGAACUCGUCUUCUCUAAUAACACAACUUAUUGAUAUCUUUGUUUCAGUGACCGGCGAUGUGUUGACAAAUAAGCAUAGUGACUUUUUCGCAUCAGGUGGCGAUAGUCACACAGCCAUAAUUCUAAUUAGUCGCAUCAACCACCUAUUCAAUGUCAAACUGACGAACAAAGAUUUAACAGAGAUGCCAGUCCUUGAGCAACUUGCAGCGCGCAUCGAACAAAUCAAACAUAAAAAAAUUCUGCAGACAGCACCAGAAGUUAAAAUGGCUCAAUUGUCUUCUCUACUUCAUCUAUCAUACCAGGAUGAUCAAAUUAUUGUAAUGAAAAAAGGCACUUGUUCGUCGCAAGCACCAAUCUUUGCUAUCGCUCCGACUGGCGGUACCUGCUUCAUCUAUAGAGAUUUAUGCAAGUAUCUAAAUACAUCGAUUACUGUUCUAGCUCUAAAAUAUCCUGAUAUAUCGCCGUCAUUAUCCUCUGAACAUUGUGAGGAUUCAGUCGCUAACUUAGCAUCCUACUAUAUCGAAGUUAUGCGUAGCAUACAACCUGAAGCAACAUCGUAUAUUCUUCUUGGCACAUCCUUUGGUGGUAUGAUAGGUUAUGAAAUGAGUCAGCAGUUGAGCACAUUGUCAUCAACAAGUGUUCAUAUUAGUCGACUAUUCAUGAUCGAUACACCGACGAAAGAAUCCUUGCGUAUACAUCUUGAUGAUACAACUUCUAAUAAUAAUAAAAAUGUAAGAGCAAUUGUUCUCUGGGCUAUGUUUGGAACGAAGUACAAUUUUUCUCUCGCUCAAGCCGAACAUGAAUGUAUGAAAGAUGAAGAGGAGUUAAAGCGGUUCUGUAUCGAUAAAAACAUUUUAUCCAGUAAUGCUGUUGAUUUAGAUACUGAAUUCCGUGAACUUUGUCAGUACAUGCAUAUUUUUGGACGAAACAUGCGCGCUAUCGACGACUAUACUGUUGAACCGUUGAAAAGUCGAUUGACAGAAGUCAAUUAUAUCCAAGUGAAGUCACCACUACCGCAUGAUCCCGUCGAACCAUAUCGAACUUGGUCACAAGCAGUUCCUCGAAAUCAAUUUAAACUUUUUCAUGUCGAUGGUGAUCAUCUCUCUGUUAAUUUUGAACCAUAUGUACAGCAAUUGGCAAGUCUCAUCAAUAGAGAACUUUUAUCAAGCUCAAUAUCGUAA